GAACGAAUUUGCUUUCAGAGGCUCAUACAAAACUUUCCAAGUUCAGAAUUGAUUUUAAAGGUAUUUUGCUUUAUCAUUAAGCUAUUUAGAGCAAUCAUGGCUUCACGAGAUGGACCUAGGGCUUCUGGAACUGAUGGCUCAGAUUUUAGCCACAGACAGCGUGUAGCUUCACAUUACAAAGAGAGCGUUCUUUGGAAGGGAAAAUUGAAAGCUUGUCUUUGUCUCCAUCUAUUUCUGAUCGUCGCUGCUGGAAGCUGGAUUGCUGCUGCUUACAAUGGAAUGGUUAAAGAUCAAACAAAGCUUUGGCAGAUGGUCUGGUUAUUAAGUGCUCUACCUACAAUUGUAGGGUUUUUAAGCCUCCCAAAGAACAAUACCAAACAACUUUAUGUUUAUGCAUUUGGAACUUUACUUAUUGGAGUUGGUCCGUUAGUGUUUGGUGCCUGUGUCAUAGUUCAAGAAAUCUUCUACAAUGUUAGUCAGGGGAGAGCACCAGCUACCCAGGAAUGGCAGAAUGCACCAAUGAAAAUGGCACUGUCAGCUUUCCUGAUUCAAUUUCAUGGAAUCAGCUUAUAUUAUGCAAACAAGCUCAUUACUGCAUGGAGUUCCAAGGGAGAGAAAAAGACCUCAUAAUGAAUCACAAAUCUUAACAUAGUUAGAAGGCUGCUGAAAGAUCAGAGAGAAUGGAACUAUUCUUUUAAGAACUGGAUGGUAUGAUUAAAUUCAAAAACACUGAUUAUGACAUCAAUUGACAAAGGCUGUCAAAAUUCCCGUCCAAUGUUGGCAUUCUAGAACUUAUGGAUUUUCGAUGAAAUCUAAGUGUUACAGGGAUUCACUUGUAACAAUAGUCACACUAUUAUUUCAUGCUAAGCACACUACUGGAUCAAAUACUGAACUUGUUACUUGUAGACUUAUUUCAGGUCUAUCCAAAGAGUGUAAAAAUGGAGGAUAAAACAAAUGUAAGGAGAGAUUCGUGUAUGUAAUGAUUUCUGCAAAUUAUACUCUUCAAAUAUGUGUCAAUUCUAUCUGUUGUUUAGUUAAAAUAUUCUGAUUAGACUGAAGUAAAAAUCAAAAAUACUUUA